AUGCUGCCCCCGGAUCCUCCUGCUGGUGGAAAUACUAUUGCACCUGUAGCUCCUGUGCUCGUCCCUCAGCAUUUCAUUCCUCCAUUGGCCGUUCCGCUACCUACCUUCGAUGGGACGUACAAAGCUUGGUACUCCUUUAAGUCCAUGUUCCAAAACGUAAUGGCACGAUACGCAACGGAAACACCUGCAAUCAAACUAUAUCAGCUCCGGAACGCUUUGGUUGGAAAGGCAGCUGGAGUAAUCGAUCAAGAUAUCAUCAAUAACGGUGAUUAUGAAGCUGCUUGGGCUAUUCUAACUGACCGAUUUGAAGACAAGCGAUUGAUUAUCGACAAACACAUCGAGGCCAUCUUUUCUCUGCCGAAACUUGCAAAAGAUAAUUCGAUUGAACUGCGGCAACUUGUCGACGCCUGUGUGAAAAACGUUCAGGCACUCGAAAAUCUGGAACUCGAAGUCGAUGGUUUGGGUGAGCAAAUGCUCAUUAAUCAGCUAGCAUCGAAGAUGGAUCGAGACACACGUAAAGUGUGGGAAACAAGGCAGGACCCGGGGGAGCUUCCAUCAUAUAUGUAUACAAUUGAGUUCCUUAAGCAACGCUGCAGAAUCAUGGAAAACGUGGAAACGAACAGUGCUAAAGUAGAGAUCCCGAAGCCGGUACGACCGGUGAACAAAUCGAAGACUCUAGUGACUACAAAUGAACUACAGUGUACAAUGUGUAACAAUACACACGAACUCUAUAAGUGUGAUGAAUUUAAAAAGAAGAAUAUUAGUGAGAAAUAUAAUCUGCUUCGAAGGUCUGGCUCCUGUUUCAAUUGCCUUGGAAAGGGGCAUCGUACAACUGAUUGCGCAACCUCGAGUACGUGCCGAAAAUGCAACAAAAGACACCAUACGUUGCUGCAUCCGGUGGAAACCAAAGCAGAACAAGUAGUGAACCCGACACCCACGACGAAGUCAGCAGGAGAAAGCGAUUCCCGCUCUGAAUCGACAACGGACAACGUCACUUCCGUUGAAACGAAGCACAAGAAUCAAAACGUGGUUCUUUGUGUGUCAUCAGAUCUUCAAAAUAAGCAGACUCUUCUAACUACCGCUGUGGUACUCGUAUAUGACUACGGUAGUAAUCUCCAUCCGUGCAGAACGCUUAUCGACUCAUGCUCCCAGAACCACUUUGUGACUGAACGAUUUGCCAUGCAGCCGGCGCUCAAGAAGCACCGUGUCGACUAUCAAGUCAGCGGAUUGAAUGGAGGCAUUACACGAAUCCACAACGUAGUGCGUGCUACAGUGAAGUCUCGCGUCACCAGCUUUUCGACCGAGCUUGAACUAUUGAUAGCUCCAAAGAUCACAACUGAUAUGCCAGCGAGAUCGUUUGACGUGACGAACUGGAACCUUCCAACCCACGUUGAGCUCGCAGACCCCAACUUCAACAAGCGGGGUCGAAUUGACAUGCUGCUGGGAGCAGAAAUCUUCUGGGAUCUUAUUAAGACAGAACGAAUCAUCCUUGCGGAGAAUUUACCUUCGCUUAGAAACACCGAACUAGGAUGA